AUGUCCAAACCAACAAAAACCAAGAUGGGAAGUAAAAUGUUCAUCACAGCUCAUGAUAUCAUCACUGGUGAAAGACAUCAAAUUGUUGUACCAUCAUCAAGUGAUUUAAUUGUUCCUGUCGUUUCAGAGAAGGAGUAUGUGUUUGUGAAUUUGGACAGGGAAACUCACAUGAUUGCUGUGUUGAAUGAUGAAGGAGAGGAAAUUCACUUCAAGGUGGAGAAUUUAGCAGCCUACAAUCGAUUUAUCGAGACUCUUAAUCAAUACGAGAACAGUGGAGAUCAACGUACGUUAAAAGUGACCACAUAUUGUUCGAUUGGACUCGAAGGACCAAAGACAUUACAUGUUCAGGAUGAUGAAGAAGUUGAAGAAAAAUGA